AAGAGUCCGAUGGAUGGUAAAAUAACAUCGUGCAGAUAUGUUUGUUCUAAAGAAGGUCUUCGGAAAAAAGGACAAAAAGAAUCCAUUCAAAAGUGCUUUAGAGCUGAAACAAGAACCGAGUGCCCAGCUUUUAUGAGUCUUACAUUGAAUCGUGUGUCUGGAAAUUUUGAAGUCCGUGAGGUAGAUCUUCAACACAAUCACCUCCUUUACUUGCCUCAAACCCGACACCUUAUGGUGUCGCAAAGAAAGAUUUCAGAUUUUCAAGCUUUCGAAAUUGAAGCCGCAGAUGAUUCUGGAAUUAUGCCUAAAGCUGCAUAUGAGCUUGCUACACGGACUGUUGGUGGAGCAUUUAAUCUCGGCUACACUUGUCGUGACCAUAGAAAUCUUUUGCAAAGCAAGAGGCAACGGGAAUUGGCUUUUGGUCAGGCGGGCAGCAUGUUAAAGUUUUUCCAUGAUAAAAUGGCUGAAAACCCGUCAUUUCUGUACGAUCUGCAGUUGGAUUGUGAGGAGCAUAUAACAAAACUCAAUGCACAGAUAAGUGCUAUGAAGGAUCCAAGUAAUGAUCAGUUGGAUGAAAAUGUUGACCCAAAUGUGCAACAAAAUGAAGACUUCCUAAGAGCAGCGCGGCUAAAGAAAAAGGAAGUUCAAUCCAAAAAUUUAAGGAGGAAAAAAUCUUGGCUUGAUAAGUUGCUUAAGGGAAAACGCAAGGCAACUAAACCUGUUGUUUCUACCCAAAGAGGAGCAAAGCAAUCGAAGAAAAAAGAUGAUGUACAGCCACAAGUUCAAAUGGAGGAUGAUAGCCGCAAGAAAGAAGACAAUGUGGACAAUGAAAAGUACAAUGUCAUCGAGAGUUUUACCCAACUCCUCACAACUCCUACUUGUGAUGGUGGUAGUUUUUAUGAUGAAAAUUUGUUCUAGUGUCUAGAUGUUGGUAGCUAACUAUUGUCUUUUGGGGCCUAAGUGUACAAGUAGUGAGGCCUAAGUGUAUUUUGGGGUGCUAAUUAUAGUCUUUUGUUCAGUACCACUUGUAGCUACAAAAUCUGAAUGAUAUGCAUCAGACUUCCAAUGUUAAGUGCUUGGAAAGUUGUGAGCCA